AUGGAGAGCAUGCAGCACCGUAUCGACGAGGGCGAGAACAUCAUGAACAUCUGCAAAUAUCACAUUUACUACGUCAUUGGACCCUCGCGACUCCUCACCGUGCAGCUCUGCAAACGACUCAUGCCGCUUCUCCCAGUACGCGUGCAGUCGCAGGAUCCGCGCUUGCUCUACACGUCGCUGAUUCACGGAUAUCACGUGACGCACUUGCUGGAAAAAGCGUCGUACCACAAGCCGACGCUGUUGCUGAUGCAGAUCGAGCACAAUGGGAAUUAUAUCGGGCUGUAUCGCGAAGAUCGGUGGAGUCGACGACGCGAUGCGCACGGCGUUCCGGAGACGCUGCUGUUUUCGAUCGUGUUCUACACGAAGAAGGGCGAGACGUACCCGGUGAUUGAGAAAUGGAGCGGACGAGUGUCGGAUGUGUUUAUUGACGGGGUGGAGAAGCCGACGAAAUAUGUGUAUGUUCGAUCUCCGGAUCAUUAUUUGAUGAUUGGCGCUGGCGGAAAGAAGGGGAUCAGUUUUUAUGCGUCUGAGGACUACACGAAGGCGUAUAGUCAGCAGAGCGAUGUGUUUUUGAAUGCUCCUCUGUGUGAUUUGGAGUUCUUCUCCAUUUCGAACGUCGAAUUGUUUGACUUUGUGAGUCCGGGAACACUAUCUUGGUGUGUUUGUUGGAAAUCAUGA